UCUUAAUACGUAUAUUAAAACUUAAUUAGCUCAUAUUUACUGAAUUAAUAUUUUUCAUUUUUAUUUUCAAAAAUGAUGUUGCUUUUUAAAAAAAAUAUAAUAUGUUUUUUAAUAUGCUCGGUUCAAGUUAUUGAAGCACCAAGAGUUUUUUCAAAAAAAAAAAAUAUUCAUGAUGCAAAAGUUAUUUACACUUUUUUUAAAAAUGUAUGCUGGCAAAAUUUAAAUUACGUUACUACUGUUAAGUAUUUCGGAGAUUAUCAUACAAAACAAGAUAUUUUAGAAUUACCUUUUGAUCGCGAUAAUUAUUCAACAAGAAUAAGAAUUGCCACUCUAUUUCUUGGUUGCUCAUACGCUAAAGAUCUACAGUAUAUUUUUUUCAUGCUGCAAAAUUUAUGUACCUGCUGUCAAAGCAUUACUGACCCUAAAAAAAUGUAUAAUUGUUCUGUAGAGAUUAUAAAUAAUACUCUUGCAAUUAUUCCAAUGUUAAAAAAAAUGAAAGGAGCUAUGGAUACUAUCGAAAAAUACCAUAUUCAACCAUGGAAUACAAAUCUUGUAAUUCGUUAUAUGAUGAGUUCUGUUUUUGAAUCUUAUGGUUCUGUUAAAAAAUCAUUCAACAAUUUGCAACCCUCACAGGACGAUCCUGAAAUAACAAAAUCAGUAUUAGAGUAUAUUAAUAACUCUUUAAUUCCAUAUAAGACAAUUACAAAUAAUGAAAUUGAUAAAUUUUGUGUAAUUGAACACGUGGACCUAAACUUAUUGUGGAAUGAAUACAGAUACAGAGCAUCUCAUAAUACAAACAUAGAAUUUCAUCAUUAUGUUAAUGAAGAAGUUAGAAAUAAAAUAUACAAUACAAUUAUUAAUAAAUUUUUCAGACUAGGUUUCUUGUAUAAUAUCCAAACUGAAAUGGUUUCUAUUCCAUUAGAAAUUACUUUACCUGAUGAUAAUAAAGAAAUCAAUUUAAAUAACUCAACCACUAACACUUCAACGAAAACCCUAUUCAUCGAACAAGAAGGAUUUACUAGUUAUGCUAAUUUAGAUGAGAACUAUUUAAAAUCAAUUCUGCAUCAUGAAGAACUCAGAUACAUAACUAACUUAACAACAAUAGAUUAUCAGGAAGAAAAUCAAAUAAAUUAUGAAACUGGGGAAAGUUCACAACAAAAUGAUUUGAACGAUAAACCUUUUUAUACGUUUAUUUGAAGUUCCUAUAUUGAAUUCACUUGGCAAUUUUUUCGUUCAACAAAAUUACGUUAUGUAUUAUAUAUAUAUCAAUAUCAUGGUAAUAUAAAAUAAAUGUUUAAAAGGCUUAACUAAAAAUGCUGAAAUAUAUUAAAUAUUUUAUGUGCUUCUAUUAAGUUAUAGUAAUUAUUUAAAUAAUUUUGUGUACCGAAAUUAUCAAUUGCUUUAUCCGCCAUAUCCAAUAUACAAGAUAAUUAUUUUCACCUAGACAAUGGAUAUUUCUCAA